AUGACGGCGCCACCCCCUGCCCAUUUAGGCCAUCCAAAUGGUCACUCUAGCCAUGAGACUACAGAUCCGACACUACUCGCAAUUCUAGAAAUCCAAAGAAGUCAAGAGGCGGCUUUAAGGGAUCUUCAGCAGAGGAACCUAGCUCUAGAGUUCGAGAAUUAUCAACUACGGAACUUAAGGUCGAGGUCGAGAGGAUCUUCUAGCCGAGGGACAUCAGGUCCCCAAGGCCGAAUUAGGCAAGUACCACCAGCGGUAGGACCGAGCAAUUCCGGUCGAUCAGGACCACCCCCGACACCACCUAUCAGAGGAUACGAUCCACCCGAGGAUUCAUCAACAGACGACGAGAGGCACGAGAGGAAUAAUCAGCAGAGGAACACAAGGUCCGACAAUGCGACCGAGGCCAAUCUAAGGGAGUUAGAAGAAAAGGUAAGGAAGCUGUCAGGAACCGGCGGAGAAGAUAAGCUAGCCGAGGUCAUAAGCAAGGCCGAGAUGACCCCUUUCACCCAAGAUCUAGAACUAAGGGCCUUCUCACCUAAGUGCACGCUCCUCACCUUCCCAUCCAGGUUCGAUGGCACGGGAGACGCAGUUGAGCAUUUGAAGAUGUACACUAUGUCCCUAAUCCAAUGGAAGAACCAUGAGGUGGUAAUGUGUAAGUUCUUCCCGGAAAGCCUGGAAGGCGAGGCAAGGAAAUGGUUCUACAACCUCUCACCAGGAACAAUUGACAGUUACGAGACUCUAGUUGAAGCCUUCCUUGAAACGUACAAGCACAACAGCAGACCUCGGCCUAGGGUCAACAGGUUAUUCACUUUGGCCCGACGGUUUAGAGAGCCUCUCAUAUCAUUGAAUGAUCGAUGGAGAAAUUUGUGUACAGAAAUUGGGAAGGUACCAGUCGACCAGCAGAUAUUCGGGGUUCGAAAACGCACUAGGGAGGUCGGAUCCCAUCUGGAUAGCCAUGUUCACUGA